AUGUCCUUCCUCGUCCGCGAAGUUGUGUCUGAGGAUAGUCCUCAUCAACACCAGAACGGCUCUGAGAAGCCUCUGGUCCGUGCCGGACCUGCCUCCACAGAAAGGGAGCCGUAUCCGUUCGUCGGGGAGUACAUCUGCAAAAAGGGUUUGAUCGGCAGAGUCAAAAUCGAAGACAACUCUGAGGGAAAGAAUAUCACAUUCUACAGACAGCCGAAUGCGAUUCUAGCUAAGUCGAGUUACGGGUGUGGCUUCACGGCUCAUCCCGAAUGGAAAGUAUGGUUUCUCAAUCUUCAAGACCCGUGUAAGGCUCUUAUAAACGACUCCCACGGCUACUACGACUCUACGAUGCUCACCGCUACAUAUGACGUUGUUUCCAAAGGACUCUUGGUUAUCCCCAACACGGUCACGAAGAUUGUGGAGUGCGAGAUUGUUAAGUGAAUAUUUAGUAGAUAUCAGCAACUGGGAGUCCGAUGCGAAAGUUAAUAUUUUUAUGGGUCUUCUGUUUUUACGUGGUUCGCUGGUCCUGAGUAAAAAUUCUGUCCCCGGUUUGUUCUCACCUACUCAUCCACCAGCUGAUGGUGACAUUUUAUUAUUGCAUUGUAGCAGCCUGUUUUGAUAGGCUGGCGGUAGAGUCAAUGUCUCAAUUAUCAAUCUUAUCAUUUGUAGUAUCGACCGGUAUGUAACGUCAUACGUGUGUCUUAUGAUGGUGGUGAGUCACCACUGGUGUCAACUGCCUGAGCUAGGCGCUUACGUUGCGAACUCAGUUUAGUGUACACGAGGAUCGAUAAGAUGUUUAAAUAUUCACUCUUGAACAU